UCAGCUGUUUUCCAGUGUUGUAUUUCGAUGACUGGCAACGCUAAAUUUUAACAGAAAAGCGUGCGCUGUUGCUUUCCAGGUUGUGGCAGUCUACAAAAUUAUAUUCAUCUCUUUUAAAGAAAAAAGGCACGCAUACACCCAAGUGUGGGCAAUGUCUGCUUAAUUUUGUUAAACAAAUUAUUUUACAGGUCAAAGCCGGCAACUGUUUUAAAUCUUGAAGAAUUCUCAGAAAUCCUAAACAUUUAUUGCACAAAAUGGAUAAAAAUAGCGCUGCCUUGUAUAAAAAAAUGCAAGCCGAGGUUGAGUCAUAUCAAAACCUUCAAAAAUCUUGCGUUAAGGUAGUAAAGCAGCGGGCACUUCUAGAGAGUCAGUUGAACGAAAAUAAGUGUGUGCUAGACGAAUUAAAUUUGCUUGGCCCCGACAACAAAGUUUUUAAGCUGCUUGGUCCUGUUCUAGUAAAACAAGAACUGGAGGACUCUCGGCAAAACGUUGGCAAACGCAUUGAAUACAUAUCCAAAGAAUUAAAAAGUUCCACGGACACUUUGGAGAAUAUGGAAAAGGAUAUGCUGAAACAUCGGGAGGCUGUCUCUAAAUACCAGCAGCAAUGGCAAGUCGCUGCAGCCAUGAAAUAAUACGGACUCCUUUAAUUAUUAUUUAUUACAUUCUGUCAUUUUAAAUAGACAUACGCAUUGAAUUAAAAUCAAAUAAAAA